ACGGUCUAGCUCCCAGGGCGACACAUCGUUCUUUUUCCUUCUGCAAUAUUUCAGCUUCACUUACAGUAGCAUAGUGUCGUCCGGUGCUCCUGUUUGCUGCUUUUCAAAACACACUCUCUACAUCUCAACCGAACGCGGCUGUACUCUGUUCCUUCUGUCAAGAUGACGGAUAUGCAAGAUCAACUGGUUGCCGAUGAGGAGUUCGAAGAGGAAUUUGAGGUCUCCCCGGUAAUACUAUGUCCUGUUGCACUCUAAUGGUUAUUCUUCUCUCAUCACCCGAUAUUGAUUGGAUGCUCUCAGGAUUUUAUGGAGGUGGAGAAGCUCCAAGACGCUGGAAUCAAUAGUGCAGACAUUCAAAAAUUGAAAGGGAAUGGUAUCACCACCGUUAGGGCCGUCCAGAUGACAACGUGUCGCAAUCUCGCGAAAAUUAAGGGCUUAUCUGAAGCCAAGAUUGAAAAGAUGAAAGAAGCCGCGAACAAGCUGCUCCCUUGCAGCUUUAUGACGGGAACUGAGCUUGAAUCGAAGCGGAAAAGUGUAGUUCGCAUAUCCACAGGCUGCAAGGAGUUUGACACUCUCCUUGGGGGAGGCGUACAGACCAUGUCAAUCACGGAGGCAUUCGGCGAGUUCCGUACAGGAAAGACGCAGUUGUCUCACACUCUCUGUGUCAUGGCGCAACUGCCAACGUCUAUGGGUGGCGGUAAUGGGAAGGCCGCGUUCAUCGACACCGAAGGCACCUUCCGUCCAGAGCGUAUCAAGGCCAUCGCAACCCGCUUUGGAGUUGAUGGAGAAGCGGCACUUGAUAAUAUUGCAGUGGCUCGGGCGCACAAUAGCGAGCACCAAAUGGAGCUCUUGAACCACCUGGCUGCGCGACUUUGUGAAGAACGGCAGUAUCGCUUAGUAGUCAUUGACUCGAUCAUUGCCUUAUUCAGGACAGACUAUAGUGGCCGUGGAGAGCUUGCCGAGCGUCAACAGCGUCUUAAUCAGAUGAUGGCGAAGCUGAUGCGUAUUGCGGAAGAGUUCAAUGUUGCCAUAUUUAUCACGAAUCAGAUGUGCGCGGACCCCGGAGCAGGAUUGACGUUCGUUGCUGAUCCCAAGAAGCCUAUUGGUGGACACGUUUUGGCUCACGCUUCGACCACUCGCCUUUAUCUUCGCAAAGGGAGAGGAGAAACAAGGAUUUGCAAGAUUUAUGAUUCACCAGACGUACCGGAAUCGGAAGCGGGUAAUGUUUACUAGUCUUUCCUGCCUGCGUUUAAUCUAAUGUUAGAACAUUUCAGUGUAUCAAAUCACCGAAGGUGGUAUUGCGGAUGCUAAAGACUAGUUGUUCCAACCGUUACCUAUAUCUUGGACUGGCCUAUUCAGAUAACAUCGUUAGAAAGCAUAGAGUUGAAGGUUGUUUGACAUUUCUGUGGCCAUAGCCUAUUAUUUCGCGGUUUGUUUGGGACAUGUUACGUUGCUUCUCUUUGCAUGCAAUAACCAGCGAAUGUAGUACACUUGACCUAUUUAGCCUACGUCAAUAGAUUCACUGUCAAGUAUAGAAAACUGUCUAUACUUAGCCCUUGGAUCAUCUGUACACCAUCGAACUUCCUGUAGCACGUGCUACAUUGCAUUUAACCAUAUCUAGGUGCAGGAGCCAU